ACGGACCAUCACCCGCUCCUGAGCAAGAGAGAGAUUCCUGAAUCAACCCCCUUCCCGAGUUCUUGCUCCCGCUCGCCGUGUGUCGCUUCGCCAAUCCCAUCCGCCCAUCCGCCCAUUCCAACCAGCUUGUGGUCAAUCGAGGCAAUCACAUACCAGUCAUCCGCGCGCCUCUUUCUCUUCAAUCCAUUCAUUCCUUGACAACCGCCACAACCGAAACACGGCCUUUAUCUGCUUUGAACACAGGUGAGUGCCAGCUUCCCGUCUCUAGCAAUGGGGAACAAACUGUGCGACCCGUCCCUUCUAGCCUUUUCAAUUGGAUUGGAAGACGACAGCAUCAAUCACCAUCCAUCAAAGCACAAUUCGUUUGAAACAUCGCGAUAGGGUCACUGACACGCCGUAAUGGACCAGCAGCCACGAAAAUCUCACGACUCGUCGGCGUCGUCGCGGAUUCCGACCGCCGAGCCGCAGCACCAGGGCGACAUCAACGACGCCAGCCCCCGUGAGCCGCCGCAGCAAUCAGAGCAACAAGAGCCAUCGCGGCCAGUUAAUUCUCCUUCAUCAAUACCCAACGGCCGGCCUCGGUCGCCAGUUUUUUCUGCCAAGCCAGAAAGGAAGCCGCCACCAGCGUCUCUCCCCUUAAUUCCCAAGCGCGACUCUGCUGGAACCCCAAAGUCAGCACCGAGAAAACCUCCCAAGAUGCCCCAGUACACAUCGCGCGAUGUCGGCGACCCGUCGCAGAUCAAGAAGACCAAGCAGAGCAUGGCGGAUCUCAAGCUUCGUCGAUUGACAGAAUUGAACAAUCGGCUACGUGAAGAUCUCGAAAGAGAGCGCAUCCCCGUAAGCCAAGCAUCGAAGAGUAUCAUCGCCUAUUGCAACAGCACCAGAGACUACAUGGUGCCCAGCGUCUGGGGUCCUGUGCCAAAGGGCGAGGAUCCCUACGCACCACAACAGAGCAACGGCUGCUGUGUAGUGAUGUAGGAUGAACUACAGAACAUGUCGAGUCGGAAGCGCAGACCCUUUGCUCGUGUCCCUGGCACGGCUCGGAAUCGGCUGUGUAUUUUCUGAGUGUCUUUGAUGUGGUGCACCCCCUCUUUCGCCGGUGUCUUGUUCGAUUAUUCCGCCUCGAACCCGACGAAAAGGCUUUGUGAGAACAGAAACGUCUUUUGGUAUUUUAGGAGCAUUCGGAUUGGGUGGAAUUUGGGCCGACAAAAAUGGGACAUGCGCGUUGGAUGGAACUGGGAGGACAGCGACCGAUGAUUUUUCUUUUUCCUACAACCAAACCGCCAUCGCUCUCACUCACGAUCCAGCACGGACGGACAGACCUCAACUUUCACCUUGACCCAUGGCAAACCAAGCAAAGAGAGAGGAGAGGGAGGGAGUGGGGGGGCAUCGACAGCAAGAAAAAAAGGGGGGGAGGAUCGAGAACGACGACAGCAACGGCUUUUCCUACAACGAUUACGCCCUCAAAACACCAAAACUCAUACCCCAUUUUUUUCUCGGAACCUUUUUAUUUUAUUUUCUUCUACUACUACCCUACCUUUGACGGCGAAUCGCAAAUUCUUCUUCGGCAGGGAAGGUCUCGGACGGACAGACUGUGCAGCUUUUCGGCCUGUAAUACCUAAAACUUCCUUCUUGUUUUUUUCUUCCUUCUUAGUUUUGUUUUUUUGCUGUUUUGACUAUUCCCCCAAAGUUGUAGCUGUAGCUCGGCUCUCUUGUCGUUGCCCGUCUCUGCAAAGCUCCCCCUGUUUUUUGUUCUUCUCUUCACCCCCUCUCUCCCUUUCCUCCCCGACCACACAACACCCCCUUAUUAUUUCUUAUUAUUAUAUCUGGUCUGUUUUUUUCCUCUCGGGCUCUCUGUAUAUAAAGUACGCUAUGGUUAUUGUGUUUUUUUUAGCCCAUGGUGUGGGUUCCUGCUAAAUGGGUUCACGAAUGAGGACUGAAGAAAGGCGAAUGAAGAUAUACCACUAUUAAACUUUAAACGUGUGUGUGUGUGUGUGGGUGUGGGUGUGUUUUUGCGAUGUGAAAUUGUGUCUUGCCAUGGGGAUGUUUUGAAGGAGAG